UCUCGCAAUCAGAGGAGAUAUAAACGUCGCCUCGCGGACACACCCACAACUUGGUCAACAAGGCCUUACGAGAAGCUCUCUCUCAGCUUCGCCACUUUUCUAAGUUCACUCGAAGUCUGCUUCUGUGACUCGAAUACUGCAUCGUGGGUUCAUCUGAACGCCAGUCUUGCAUCGCUGAUUUCAAUUGCACGCUGUGAUUUCAGUUUCAAAUCUUGACUUCAAUCCUGACUUCAUUUCGUACCGCGACUUUACUAUCGGCUUACAAGAGUCGCCGUUGAACUCUACAGAUACCAUGGACAAAUUACAUGACCAAAAUGUCCAAGAGUCAAGUGCUGCUGAAGGAAUCUCGGAAAGCAGAGCUUCGAUGGAUUCUCACAAGCAAAACGACGACCAAAAUCACAAGCUCUCGUUUACUGAACGUGUGAGAGCAGAAUACGACCUGCAGACGCGCUCUGAGCGCCUGAGAUUGGACAUCACAGAUAUCCCGAUUUAUCAUAAGGAAUUGAGACAGACCACCCUUCCUGUGGAUAUACAGUACCAGCCCGGGAAAGGCAGGUUUCUGGUAGCCCGUAGGGACAUUUCCGCAGGAGAACUUAUAUUCAAAGAGUCUCCAUUACUUUUAGCCCCGAAAGCUGCAUCUGAACCAACUUGCUUGGCGUGUCUGAAGGUCCUUGAUGCAAAAUUUGCGCUCUGCAAAAACUGCAAAGGUCCUUUGUGUUCAAGUGGCUGUCAUGGUAAUGGUCAUACUGAAAAAGAGUGUAGGUUAAUUAAAGGCUUAGGACUCGAAGAAAGUCCCAAUUUUAGAAUGAACUUCAGAGAACUGAGCGUAUUGCUGGCACCUUUGCGCGUGUAUCUACUCAUGAACGAGUCCCCAGCAGCAAAAGAAGUUUUUCAAGCACUUCAAAGCCAUAAGGAGCGUAGGAAAAUGAUGCCUAUCGGUCGAUAUGUCGAAGAAAAAAUAGUAAAGGUGUUCCAUGACAAGCUUAAAUUAGACGUGGAUUCCAGUUUGGUUCACCACAUAUGUGGUGUUCUUGAUACAAACUCCUAUGAGGUCAGCAUUGAUGAUUCUAGUCGUGCCCGUGCCAUAUUCACCCUAACCUCCAUGCUCAACCACUCUUGUCUGCCAAAUACACAGCGCUGGUAUGCAGAUGGAAAGAUGAUUAUCAGAGCUGCCACUGAUAUACCCAAGGGAGUGCCAGUAACCACAACUUACACACAGACUCUAUGGGGGACAAGCACACGUUUGGCACAUCUGUCAACAUGCAAGAUGUUUACAUGUGUCUGUAACAGAUGCAACGAUCCUACAGAACUUGGGUCCCACUUAAGUUCAAUCUCAUGCAAGUCGUGUCAAUCUCCAGAUGGACUUCUCAUACCGCCCAAGACUUCUGAAGUGCACUGGAGAUGCCACAAAUGUGAAGCUCAAGUGCCUUCAAAUGCUAUUCAAGCAAUGGUGCGAGCAUCCAGUGCAAUUCUCAGUAAAGUGGAUAUGCAGAGUACAGAAGAAGUGACUGCAACACUUAAGCAUCUGAGCAGGAUGCUGGGCAGGCAGCAUUACAUAGUUGCUGAACUCAAGCUUGGAAUGAUCCAGAGUAUAAUGAAGCUACCCUUCAGAGAGGACGUCUCAGAUGACGACCUAAUCAGGGUGAUGGACGCGUCUACAGAGCUCCUCAGCCUUGCAGAGUUGAUAGAGCCUGAGUUGUCAAGAUUCAGAGGCUUGCUGCUUUUACAACGUGGACAGGCGUACUUAGAACUAUUGGAAAGACAAAGAAAUUCGCAAGAAAAUAUGGUCAGCUUGUCUGAGCCCUAUAAGUCAUCCUGUGACAAUGGUUUAACAUCCGGGGUCAUCAUGUCGAAAGAAUACAUCAAGGAAAUGCUUGGACGGAUGGCCGAAUGCGAAUUCAUCUUGCUGUACGACCAACGAUUGCCAGAGGUCCUGGAGGUCAUGGAACACCUGAGGGAAUUUCUGCACAAUGAUGACACAGAGGAGUUCUCUGCAGCGGAAUAAAUGAUAAAUGUUAUCCUCUUCAGGCUUUAGAUUUUAUAUUGCGCAUUAUG